GCCAAUCCCCACCGCCACCUCCUCGCUCCUCACUCACACACCUCCAGCCCCUCUCAGCUCAACCACACUAGUACCAAGAGCAAGCCAAGUCUCCAUGGACGCGGUGGAGUCCUCCUCGCCCUACUCGCCGCCCUCGCUGCGCCACAAGCUGCGGACCACCGUCUGCGGAUGCUUCGGCUCCCCGUCGUCCCCGGGCAGCGGCGGCAGGGCCAGGUGGAGGCGGCGAGUCGCGGCCGCGGGGGAUUUCCGGUACGACCCGCUCAGCUACGCGCUCAACUUCGACGACGGCGGUGGCGACGACGGCGACGCCGACGCGGAGGACGCCGCCUUCCGGCAUAGAAACUUCAGCUCCCGCCUGCCGCCCUCGCCGGUGCCGGCCUCCCGAGCCGUCGCAAUAGCCUGAACUGAAUUCUACUAGUACCGAUCGUCCUUUUUAACUGUAUGAACGAGACUGAAUCAGUGACUACAUCUGUAAAAGCAGUUUAUACGGCCGGGGAAACGUACGUACCGAGGAGUAGCAAACCAGCAAUAGCAACAUGUACUUGCACAUAUAAGAAUCAAUCAGUCCAUUUUAAUGUUC